AUGGCAGGUUUUAAGUUUUACAAUUACGAGCCCUCGUUGCCAGCGGCUGCCGCAUUUGUCAUCAUCUUCACUACUGCCGCUCUUAUCCACUUAUGGCAGAUGUUCAGGCAUCGAACAUGGUACUUUGUCCCGUUCCUCAUUGGCUGUCUCUUCGAGGCAUUCGGCUACGUCGGCCGCGCGCUCUCCGCAAAGGAAGCUCCAGACUAUACCAAGAACCCGUACAUCAUGCAGUCGAUAUUACUCCUCCUCGGUCCUGCACUUCUCGCCACUUCGAUUUAUAUGAUAUUGGGCCGAUUGAUAGUUCUUUUGGAUGCCGGUCACUUAUCCCUGAUUCGAACGAAGUGGUUGACCAAGGUGUUUGUCAUCGGCGACGUGCUAUCUUUCCUGGCACAGAGUGGAGGUGGCGGUAUGCUCGCCUCAGCAAAAUCUAAUGAUAACGUCAAAAUGGGUGAGAACAUGAUCGUUGGCGGAUUGCUCAUUCAGAUCGUCUUCUUUGGCUUCUUUAUGGUUGUCACGGUUGUUUUUCAUAUGCGGAUUCGCUCUCGCCCAACAUCUCGAUCGCUUGUCCUGAACACUCCUUGGGAGAAGCUGAUUCUCAUCCUUUACGCUUCGAGCCUUUUUAUCCUCGUUCGUUCAGUCUUCCGUGUCGCGGAAUAUGUUCUUGGGAAAGAUGGGGCGUUGCAGGCUCAUGAGUAUUGGCUCUAUAUCUUCGAUGCGACGCUCAUGUCCUUUGUUGCUAUUCUCUUUAAUGUCUUCCACCCAAGCAAAGUCAUCAACAAGCUGGGAGACGAAAAGCCCAGGUAUACGGUAGAUGAGUAUCCCUUGCAUAGCGUGUAG